GGAUAAUCACACUUCAUGCCUUCAUAGAAGUCGCAAUCUUGAAGGGCGCGUCUUCCAAAUCCAACGGUCCCCAUCUCGCCGCGAAAAAGCGUCUGCCUUCGCCGGCACCGGCAACGCAUGGAUGCAAACUAGCCGGGAUUUCCGCCAUCUCCCCAAUUCCACAAUGGAGCACUCACCGCGUCGGCAUCCCCGAGAUCGGAACUCCAUUAGCUCCGACGAGGUAUCCGUCGACUUGGCAUCGGAGGCCAAAUCCGGUAGCGGCGAUACCAAUGGAAGCGGAUCCUCCACGCAUAGCGGCACAGAUCCAGUACCCCCAUCGACUAAUCAGCUUAAUAAAACUGAGAAUGGCAGACCACACUCUCUAGCAUUGCUAGCUGCAAAGUUUUUUGAUGAAAAAAUAUCAUUUAGAAAGAAGCACAAAUUGUUGAAAAGAGUUGCCACCAUUCAAGAUGAUGGAACUGUACAAUUUGAAGUUCCUGGAGACAUCAAACCUGAACAUCUUGAUUUUGGUAACAACAUUGUUGACAAUGGAGCUACAGAGGAAGCUAAUAAUGACUUGGAGGAUAUUCAAAAGUUGCCUCCGUUGCAAAUUGUUGUGCUAAUUGUUGGAACCAGAGGAGAUGUACAACCAUUUAUUGCUAUUGGAAAAAAACUACAGGAACAUGGUCAUAGGGUGAGGUUGGCUACUCAUGCCAAUUUUAGAGACUUUGUUUUGGAGUCUGGGUUAGAGUUUUAUCCUCUUGGUGGGGACCCAAAAGUCCUUGCAGCUUAUAUGGUAAAAAACAAAGGAUUUUUGCCAUCUGGGCCUUCUGAGAUACAUAUUCAACGUAAGGAGAUACGAGAUAUAGUUUUCUCCUUACUUCCGGCAUGCACAGAUCCUGAUCCAGAAUCUAAUCAUCCAUUCAAAGUAGAUGCCAUCAUUGCCAACCCCCCGGCAUAUGGACAUACACACGUUGCAAUGGCCCUGAAUGUACCACUGCAUAUAUUCUUCACAAUGCCAUGGACGCCUACUAGUUACUUCCCACAUCCUCUCUCUCGUGUUAAGCAACAAGUUGGAUUCAAAAUAUCGUAUCAAAUUGUUGAUUCAUUAAUCUGGCUUGGCAUACGGGAUGUUAUAAACGAGUUCAGGAGGAAAAAGUUGAAAUUGAGGCGGUUUACAUAUCUUACUGGUUCUUUCAGUUCACCUGAAAUUCCACAUGGAUAUAUAUGGAGUCCACACCUUGUUCCUAAACCCAAAGAUUGGGGUCCCAAAACAGAUGUUGUUGGGUUUUGUUUCCUAGAUCUUGCCUCUAAUUAUGUUCCGCCAGAACCACUUUUGAAAUGGCUUGAAGAUGGCCAAAAGCCCAUCUACAUUGGCUUUGGCAGCCUUCCUGUUCAAGAGCCAGAAAAAAUGACGGAGAUCAUUGUUCAAGCAUUGGAGAUCACAGGACAGAGAGGCAUAAUCAACAAAGGGUGGGGUGGGCUUGGGAACUUAAAGGAACCGAAGGAUGAUGUGUAUUUGUUGGAUAAUUGCCCGCAUGAUUGGCUGUUUCUGCAAUGUUCUGCCGUGGUGCAUCAUGGGGGUGCCGGAACAACUGCUGCCGGCCUAAGAGCUGCGUGCCCUACAACUGUGGUACCUUUCUUUGGGGACCAACCGUUUUGGGGUGAUCGGGUACAUGCUAGGGGAGUUGGUCCUGCACCUAUUCCUGUAGAUGAGUUUUCACUUGAGAAGCUGGUUGCUGCCAUCAAGUUCAUGCUGGACCCAAAGGUGAAAGAAAGUGCGGUUGAACUGUCAAAAGCCAUGAAAAACGAAGAUGGUGCAACCGGAGCGGUCAAAGCUUUCUAUAAGCAUUAUCCUCGCAAGGAAGUCGAUGAGUCAGAAACUAAAACACCGCAGCGUCGUCCUCACAGUUUGCUCUCUAUAAGACAGUGCUUUACGCCUUCUACGGUUGACUCCUAGUUUUGAAAAUCAAAGAAGAAAGCACAUUCUUUCUCUAUUGCAUCCCAUCUGCUGGCUGAUCAUUCCUUCCCUCUGCCGUUGUGCCAUUCUACAGUAAUCUCAGUGUGUAAUCUAAUAAGAUUUCUCUGCAAAUAUAACAGCUUGGCUCUUGGGAAAUUUCUUACUGUAAUAAAGAAGCUUUUUAGCCAUGUGGUGAUGCUUGGCAAGGAGUUUUGUGGGAGUUCAUUAAGGUCCCGUUU